ACCACUUGUGAGACUCCCCCGCAGCCCCAUCAUCGAGCGCCAAUCCCCACCACCCCGAUCCCCACAACUGCUCCCCAACCGUGCGCGGCCGAACCCCAGCCGGUCCCCUGCCCUCCACGGCCGUCUCCUCCCUCCGUCCCUGCCGGUCGGUGCACGCGCACGGAACAUGGACGGCGCGACGGCCGCGGCGCUCGGCGCGUGGGAGGCCGUGCGGGGCUUCUUCACGCCGGCCACGCUCUUCCUCACCGUCAACCUCGUCAUCGGCACCAUCCUGCUCACCUCCCGCUCCCACCAGCGCCGUUGCCAGGGCGGCCACGACGGUGACCAACACGAGCACCAACAAGAACCGCUCCACCACGUGGAGCCGCCGCAGCAUCAGGAGGAUCUGUACUACCGCGACCAGCAGCACGAGCAGCAGCAGCAGUACGUGCCCCCGCCGCCGGCGCCGGCCCCGCUCGCGCGGACCUCGUCGGUGCUCGACCGCCUCCGCUCCAUCGGCCUCUACCGCUUCCGCUCCGGCGACUUCCCGCCCGAGUACGCCGCGGGCGCCGACUCGCGGGACGUGACGGUCUCUCCGGAACAGGCGCCGACGACCGGAGAUGCUCACCACGCUCGGAGCCGGUCGGAGCCCCCGGCGCGGGAUGAGAAGAGGCGGGCGCCGCCGUCGAAGAUGAAGAGAUCGAGCUCCGAGGCGAGGAGGGCCGAGGUGGCCCCGGCGCCGGCGGCUCGGGUGGUCCAGCCGGCCGUGCUGGAGGAGGAGGAGGACGACCUCGUAGAGCACGCGAGGGCGGACACCGAGUUCACCGACAACUACAACAGCUUCACGACACCGCCGCCGCAGCAGGAGCCGGAGGAGGAGCAGUACUACCGCGAGGAGUACGUGCCUCCAUACAGGCCGGCGCCGCUCGCGCGCGCGCCGUCCGUCCUGGAGCGCCUGCGCUCCUUCAGCCUCUACCGCUUCAACUCCGGCAACCUUGCGCCCGAGCUGGCCGCCUCGCAGGACCACGCCGUGGCCUCCGUCGCGGCGGCGGACGAGAAGAAGACGUCGACGCAGUACAGCAGGAGCCGGUCGGAGCCGGCGCGGGAGCAGGGCAAGAAGGGCAAGAAGCAGCAGCAGGGGGAGAAGCAGGGGGCGGAGGCGAAGAUGGGCAAGUCGAGCUCGGAGGCGAGGAUGCUGCCGCCGCCGCCGCCGCCGCCGGAGGUGGAGGAGGGCGGCGUGGACGCGCGGGCGGACGACUUCAUCAACAGCUUCCGGAAGCAGCUCCAGCUGCAGCGGCUCAACUCGCUGCUCAACUACAAGGAGGUGCUCAACCGCGGCGCCAAGUAGCAGGCCGCCGGAGAAGAAGAUCGUACCGAGGUGCAGUAGCACUGUGCUGCCGACGAUUGACUAGCAGAUUAUUAACUACAUACUCCAUUUUCCUGCCUGUGAUUAGAGCGCGUGCUAGUAAUAUUGUGGCGCUAAUUAAGCUGUUAUUUACUCAAGAUUUUUUGGUCUCGAACAUGGCAUGGCGCAUCGCCUAGA